UCCGGCGCCUUUUCUAAACCCGAGAGCGCAGAGAGGUCCGCGGAUGUUUUUAAGUCGUUUGAGGUUACCUAGCAGUGAAAUUUCAUCCCGAAUUACCUGUGACAUACGGCCAGCUUGAAAUUACUGCAAAUUCAAAACUUGGUCAGUUGGAUUGACUUGAGGAUUGUCUUCAAAACGGUUGCAAAACGAUGUCGGCCAGCUGUGGACGGAAUCCUCCUCCUUUUCCCGACAACGAAGACCUGGAGGCUGAAUUAGACCCUCGAGUACCGGACAGCGACGAAGAUGAUGAAGGGGAGGACAUAUUUAUCGGGGCGAGAAGUAUACCGAUCACACCCACAUCCGGUCCUGAUGAGGGUCCUGAUGGUGAUAUUUUCAGUGAGGAGGGGUCUUACAUCAGGACCACCACUAAUGGUCUUCACUCUGAUGAAGAACUGGAUCUGUUUACUGAAGCCACUGUAGAACUGACCCUUACCAACACCACCAGUCAAGGCAGAAGAGAGAUUAUUGGCCCGACUGCAUCGGCAUGCAACACCAUACAUGUGCCUAACUCCAUUCACAAACCCAGUAUUGUGAACAAGACCAUGGAGGAGCUUGAGGAGGAGGAAAGCCAAGAUCAGUUUGAGCUGAACGUUGCAGUCACCAACCCAGAGAAAAUUGGAGAUGGCAUGAAUGCCUAUAUGUCUUACAAAGUGUCAACUCAGACUACAUUGCCCAUGUUUCGUAAUAAGAUGUUUUCUGUGCGCCGGCGUUUCAGCGAUUUUCUGGGACUUUACGAAAAGCUUUCGGCAAAACACUCCUUGCUAGGCUGCGUCAUCCCACCGCCACCUCAGAAAAGCGUAGUGGGAAUGACUAAAGUGAAGGUGGGGAAGGAGGACUCCUCCUCAGCAGAGUUUGUGGAGAAGAGACGAGCAGCGCUGGAGAGAUAUCUGCAGAGGGUAGUAGCCCAUCCAUCUCUGCUGCAAGACCCCGAUGUUCGAGAGUUUUUAGAAAGAGAUGAGUUGCCCAGAGCGGUGAAUACUCAGACUUUGAGUGGAUCUGGCCUGUUAAAGAUGAUAAACAGAGCAUCAAAUGCAGUGAACAAGAUGACUGUUAAAAUAAAUGAAUCAGAUAAUUGGUUUGAAAGUAAGCUUCAGGAGGUGGAGAAUGAGGAGCAGCUGUUGAGGAGGCUUCACACUGCUGUUGACUCGUUAGUAAACCACAGGAAAGAGUUGUGUAACAACACAGCGGUGUUCAGUAAAAGUGUAGCGAUGCUGGGCAGUGUGGAGGAGAACUCUGCGCUGUCUCGUGCACUGUCACAGCUGGCCGAGGUGGAUGAUAAGAUGGAGCAGCUCCACCAGCAACAAGUCUUCAGUGAUUUCUUCAUUCUUGGAGAGCUCAUGGCCGACUAUGUCAGACUGCUAGGGGCUGUGAGGUGCUGUUUUGAGCAGAGGAUAAAGGUGUGGCAACGUCUGCAGGAGGCUCAAAGCACACUUCAGAAGAAACGAGAGGCAGAGGCCAAACUGCUCUGGGCAAACAAACCCGACAAACUGCAGCAGGCUAAAGAUGACAUAAAUGAGUGGGAGUCUAAAGUCAGUCAGUAUGAAAGAGAUUUUGAAAGAGUCACCUGUACAGUGCGCAAAGAAGUGCUCAGGUUUGAGAAAGAGAAAACCAGAGAUUUUAAACAGCACAUAGUGAAAUAUAUUGAGUCCCUGCUUCACACCCAGCAUCGGCUUGUGAAAUGCUGGGAGGCUUUCCUGCCUGAGGCCAAAGCUAUCGCCUGAUCAGAUUAUUACCUCACACGCUCCCAACCUUUGACCUUGAGCAGACAAUCAACAUUUCUCUCUUCCUUUGCUCACUCUCUCAGAAAACAUGCAUACAUCAUUCCAUAACAGUGUAUCUUUAGUUUUAUGAUGGUAACUUUGUGCUGUGGCCCAUGGUACCUUUGACAGUUGAAUGUUGAGUGUAAAAGUUAAAGGUCAAAGUAGCUUGAAGCAGGAACAGCGUGUGAGAUACUGCAAGAAUAUUUUUUGUGUGCGCACGUAUGUAUGUGUGUGUGUGUUUGUGUUUAGUGUUAUCCAUAAGGGUUUUAAUGUUGCUUAGACCGUGUAGUGUUUUAAACUGCCUUUGAGUCUCAUUACGUUGUCGUAAUGGAUGUGCACAGGGAUUAGACUGAACAUUUAAAGUUUAAAAUCCAUUUCAGAUUUGCAUCAUUUACAUUUUUGAAAAAGUACAAACACAGGAGAUUUCAACAGCACUUCUUGCAGGCUGAUUUUGCAAAGCGAAGUGUGGUACGAUGUAGAAAUUGAAUCACAGAAUGAGAAAGAAAAAUGAGGUAAUGUCUUUUGAAAUGAGUCUCAGUAUGUGUUUGUUGUUAAUGUAAAUUGGUGCUUUCUGACUGUUAAAUUGAUUUUCUCAAACAUAUGCACUGAUCUGGACUGGUCCAGAUGAAAGUUCACUUAUAGGUGGACAAAAUUUCUAUUAAAAAACUAUAUUAAGAAGUACAGUAACUCUUCAAAGAAUUAAUUUCUUUGGGAAAAUGUGUAAAAGAAUUGUAUUGUGAAAUGCUUUUAGCAUAUAACAUUGAUACUCUGCUACAUUAUAUCAUACUACCUGCAUAAACCAGUAUGGGUUGUUCCUGACUAAUUCUCAAUUUUGGAAUAUGUGGUUACCUUCUUAGCAGGAACACAUUGGGUUCCAAUGUUUUCCUCUGACAAUAAAUGAAAAGCUCAGAUGCAAAACACUCUAAGUGCAUCUGAUAUGUUGUAAAUGAGCAUUUUUAUCAGACACUUCUUGUCAACAAACCGGUAUUUCUGAAUGAUCUGAGGUGAAAUUAUUUGAGUAAUGUAUAAUAUGUGCCGAGCGCAUUUUUAACGGAGGUUGCGUUUAGAGGCUUUUGCUUCUGAGCUCCUGAAAUAUUCUGUAAAGGUGUUGUUAUGCAUAUGAAUUAUAAGACUCCAUUUUAACUAUUAACAAGAUGUUUGUGAUCUAUUAAAAGAUGUGCGUUUAA